AUGGGGUGCGUGUUAGGCCAGCAUGAUGAGACAAGGCGAAAAGAAAGGGCAAUAUACUAUCUCAGCAAGAAAUUCACUGAUUGUGAAGCGAGGUACUCGUUAUCGAGAAGUUAUGUUGUGCCCUGGUUUGGACAACUCGUAGAUUACGCCACUGAAGAAAAUCCCCCAAUGGAUCAUGUGUGGAAGCUAAGUUUUGAUAGAGCCUCGAAUUCUAUAAGUAACGGAAUUGGGGCAGUUCUGGUAUCUCCAAGCGGAGAUCAUUAUCCUUUUGCUAGCAAACUAGAUUUUGAUUGUACGAACAAUAUGGCAGAAUAUGAAGCAUGCAUUAUGGGCAUUCGUGCAGCCAUCGAACGUAAAAUCAAAGUACUAAAAGUGUAUGGGGAUUCCGUAUUGGUGAUAUACCAACUCAAGGGAGAAUGGGAGACAAGAGACCCUAAACUGAUUAGUUAUCGAAGGAUGGUUCUUGAAUUGAUGGACGAGUUUGAUGACAUCACUUUCUGUUACCUUCCGCGAGAUGAGAACCAGAUGGCUGAUGCGUUGGCCACCCUAGCCUCUAUGAUCCGAGUGAACAAGUUAGAGGACAUGAGGUCUAUUCAGAUGAGUAUUUCUGAAACCCCGGCUCAUUGCUAUAAUAUUGAGGAAGAGGAAAAAGAUGAUCAUCCCUGGUACCUGAAUAUAUCACAAUAUGUAAAAAAUCGUGAGUAUCCAGAUCAGGCAACAGAGAAUGAUAAGAAAGCAUUGAGAAGGGUGGCCAUUAACUAUGUCUUGGAUGGGGAGAUUCUAUACAAAAAAGGAAAGGAUUAG